AUGGCGGGUUUCCUCACGGGCGCGGGGGCCGGGAGGCGCGCCGGGCGCGGUGCUGAAAGCGCUCCCCUGGCAGCGGCCGGGACGGGGAGCCCCGCGGUCCCCGGCCUCCCGCAACCCGCGGCUUCGGGGAGGGAGGUCCCGCUCGGCCCUCCGGGCUGGGCAGCGGCGCUGGGGCCGCCUCAGACGGGCCGGGCACCGGUGUGGCUCGGGAGUGCUGCUUUUGGGGUGUUUCGUGGUUCUCUCCAUGAGUUUAACUUUGAUCUUCCCUCUUGUCACGUCCCCCAGGCACCGUAUCUCUUUCGUGCUGUCAUUUACAGCAGUCUCACAAAGAAUUCCAGAGGCACUACUUCUCUGUUGAAGGAUAGUAUCUCAUUUACAGAAGUCUCAGCUUCAGGGCUAUUUGAAGGUCAUGAUCUUCUGCGCAGAGGCUUUACAAGUGUGAAAAAUGAAUUGUUGCCCAGCCACCCACUGGAGCUGACAGAAAAGAAUUUCCAGUUAAAUCAAGAUAAAACAAACUUUGCCACGCUGAGAAACAUCCAAGGAAUCCAUGCACCUUUAAAGCUGCAGAUGGAAUUCAGAGCAGUGAAGCAGGUACAGCGUCUACCAUUUCUUCACAGCUCGAACAUAGCAAUGGAUAUUUUGAGGGGAAAUGAUGAAUGCAUUGGUUUUGAGGAUAUCCUUAAUGAUCCUUCCCAGAGUGAGGUUAUGGGAGAACCACACAUGAUGAUGGAGCACAAGCUUGGUUUAUUGUAACAAAAUAUACUUCACAAAAACGUUUUGUGUGUGUCUUUCUAGCGCAGAUCUAAGUACAUGGUACUAAAUUGACACUCACAGUGUUAAACAGACCUAGUUAUCACUUGCCUUCCUUAAUGAAAAGGCACAUUAAAUGUUUCAAGUCUCUAAAUUGUUCUGUGCUUGUUAUCAAUCAUACAAAUGUCCUGUAACUAAGUAGUUUAAAUAAUGCCUUUUCAUAAACUGCUCAGGACAAUAGCUUCUUAAAUAUGGAAAUGCUAUAUAUGUAUACAAGAAAUUCAAAAAUACCCAGGCAUUUAAAAACUGACUACUGUGGUAAAUGCAUUUAAUGGGGGAAGAGGAAGGUAUUUUCUGUUGCAUAACUCUUUGUUCAUGAAAAUUUCCAUACACUUUUUAAACUAUUGAAUAAAAGUUUGCUAUAAAUGCUGUUGCGUUCAAAAAUAUAUUUAAUCCUAAAUCAAGAAUCUCUUAUCAGUGGCCCAGUGUUGUCCCUUUUAUUGGAAUAUCUUUAAAGGUCUUUAACUUCGGCAUUGCAGGUUACAUGCAUUGUAUCCUUCUCUUGACACCUAUUUGAGUGAGCUCUUAAGGUUUUGUGUAGAAUUGCAAAUAUUACUGUAAGAAUGGGGUUGAAGAUCUAGAUUUUUUCAUGUGUGUCCCUGAGAAGAUAUUUUGGUUUCUGAAAGUAGAAGCAAGUUCCAUUUGGGGUUUAAAGAGAUGUUUUUAAAUCUGUUUGAACAUAAUCCAAAAGAGCAUUCCCAGGUCUAGGUAUUUUAGUAUUAAGAAAGAAUGCAGAAUUGUGAAAGUACCUAAUAAAGCUGCUGCAGUAAGAACAUGAAGAUAUGGUGAUACAAAUACAGAAAAAAUUAUUUGUGGGUUUACAAAAAUCAGAUCUUAAUUAAGGAAGAAUGAGAGAUUUAUGCUUAAAUACACCUUUUAAAGGAGCAGACGACUGGCAGGGUUUUUGUGUGCACCU